CCGGUUUGGAACGUGCUUCUUUGCGAGGUUUGCCAAGUGCUCAAGCUGUCUGAAGGCAAAACAUCCCCGGGACUUGUUCAAAGACCCCGAGUCGAGCUUCUAAUCAGCUGUGCAGCUUCUGUUUCGCCAGUGGAGUUGUCGCAGCAGCCAACCCAUUCCCCCUCUCGAGCGCUCGUAGGCAUUGGUCAAGAUGGCCUCACAGGGCGGUCAGCAAGUGUUUGUGCUCAACUCGGGCCCGGAGCGCCAGCAUGGCAGAAAGGCACAGGUUUCGAACAUCACAGCAGCCAAAACUGUUGCAGAUGUCAUUCGAACAUGCCUUGGUCCCAAAGCCAUGCUCAAGAUGAUUCUUGAUCCGAUGGGUGGCAUCUUGCUCACGAACGAUGGCAAUGCUAUCUUGCGAGAGAUCGAGGUUGCCCACCCAGCGGCGAAGAGCAUGAUCGAGCUGAGCAGAACGCAGGAUGAGGAGGUGGGAGAUGGCACAACGAGCGUUAUCAUUCUGGCUGGUGAAAUUCUUGCGCAGUCCCUAGCUCAUCUAGAGCGGGGGUUGCACCCAGUCGUUAUCAUUUCUGCUUACAAGAAGGCGCUUGCUGAAGCUCUCGCAAUCAUCGAGUCGAUCUCAGUUCCAGUCAAUGUUGACGACGAGAAGGAGAUGCUCGCCCUCAUUAAAACUUCCAUCGGAACCAAGUUCGUCAGCCGAUGGUCGGACCUAAUGUGCAAGCUUGCGCUCAAGGCAGUCCGGACAGUGGCAGACAUUGACAAGAGUAGCGGGAGCUCGUCUUCGGAUCCCAACAAGGUUGUCGACCUGAAGCGCUUUGCCAGGGUGGAGAAGGUCCCGGGGGGCGAGAUCGAGUCAUCGAGAGUGUUGGAUGGUGUCAUGCUCAACAAAGAUGUCACACAUCCAAAGAUGCGGCGGCGAAUUGAGAACCCGAGGAUCAUGCUGCUCGAUUGCCCGCUGGAGUACAAGAAGGGAGAGUCGCAGACCAACAUCGAGAUCACCAAGGAGGAGGAUUGGAACCGCAUUCUCGAAAUUGAGGAGGAACAAAUCCGGCUCAUGUGCAAGCGCAUUGUCGAGUUCAAGCCUGAUCUCGUCUUCACCGAAAAGGGGGUCUCGGACCUUGCCCAACACUUUUUGCUAAAGGAGAAUAUCACCGCGAUUCGGAGAGUGCGUAAAUCAGACAACAACCGCAUCGCAAGAGCGACCGGCGCGACGAUCGUCAACAGAGUGGAAGACUUGCGCGAAAGCGAUAUUGGCACAAAGUGCGGUCUCUUCCACAUCGAAAAGCUAGGUGAUGAAUACUUCACCUUCUUGGAAGAGUGCAAGGACCCGAAAGCGUGUACAAUUCUUCUCCGCGGCCCGAGCAAGGACAUUCUUAACGAGGUAGAACGCAACCUUGCAGACGCUAUGGCGGUGGCAAGGAAUGUGGUAUUCCACCCUCACCUUGCGCCUGGAGGUGGCGCGACUGAGAUGGCAGUCUCCGUCGGGUUGGCAGACUUUGCGCACAGCAUGGAGGGUGUCGAGGUCGGGCCGAUCCUGGCUGUCGCAGACUCGAUGGAGGUCAUCCCCCGAACCCUCAUCCAAAACUGUGGAGGCAGCGCGAUCAAGACGCUCACAAGCUUGCGUGCCAAGCAUGCCAAUGGAGAGUUUUCGGCUGGCGUAGAUGGCCACACUGGAAAGAUUGUCGACAUGAAGGAUUAUCCGCUGUACGAAAGCGCAGCAGUCAAGAUCCAGACCCUCAAGACGGCGAUCGAAUCUGCAUCGCUCUUGCUUCGCGUGGAUGACGUGGUCUCGGCUCGUCGCGGACGCCAAGGGGGUGGAGGUCCAGCACCGGCGAUGCAAGGGCCUCAGGGAGAAGACGUUGGCGAGCAGGAGAUGGCAGGUUGAACGAGUCAAAUAACAGGCGGCAUCGCACACUGUGUCUGUGCCUACGGUAGCAGUGAGAGCUGCCAAGCGGCAAGUCUUUCAUUUUUCAAACCCUCUAAACCUG